CGAGUCUACCUGCCUGGGAGAGAGGGGCCAGAGGACUUAAAAGGGACGGAGGGCUUCCCCUUAUCUGCCUCUGGCCCACAUCCCAAGUCAUUCCCUUCUUUCGACCACUUCUCGUCAUCGGCUGCUUCAGACGAUCAUGCGUUCUUAUCUCGUUGCCACCGCCGCCCUUGUCCUUGUCGGUUUCAUGACGCUUUCAGUAUCGGCUAUGCCGGUCAGGAAGCGCGAUCCAUCAAUUCUCAAUGGCAACUCCCCCGACAACACGAUUGUCGUAGGUGGAACAUUCAACAGUUACGCCCCGGCUUUGGACCACUCAAAAUCGUUCAUCGGGUACAAGGCAAUGUCGCAGGACCUACCCAAGCACCGCAUGCCACCGCAACAAGCCAACAAAUACUGCCGGCCGGAACCAGUCCGUGCCCAGGCAUGCCCCGAUCCCGCCAAGGACAAAGUGGAAAAGACUCAUUCGAGUGCUCCUCCUCCUUUGGGACUUUCUCCUACAAAGCCAAAAGAACCCAAAGCCAUGUCAAUCUCGGACUUCUGGCAGGAACUAGUGUCCUGGUUGCAAGAGCCCUUUGGCUUGUGAAGCGAGAACGAAGGUCCUGGCCAGACAACAUUUGUUCAUGACAUUGAUGUCUACUGGUGUAUCUUGUCAUAGUGUUUCCACUCC